UUCAGUCAAGGAUCGAUUGGCAACUUUUUCUACGUCAACUUCAUGAUAAGUGAAUUUUCCUACCUGAAUAUCUCCAGCAUUGGGCGGAAUCUUAUUCAAGAAGAAAACGAUUGUGGCUACGCCUGUUUAGAAAUUCCUUCAUGUUUUUCCUACAAUGUGGCUGCCUUCCCUGAUGUCAACGGCAAACUUCUGUGCGAACUCCUGCCAUCGGACAAGUUUAACAACUCGGACAAGUUCAACGCCAGCAAAGAGUUUCAUCACUUUUAUAUUCCGGUAAGUCAAACUUCUAAUUAAUCAAAAAUGUUCCUUCUGGGGAAAAUAAAAAGUUUCUUCUUGUUUGUUUGUGUGAUUAUUUUCUUUUGACUCUCGCUAGUUUCGAAAGUUAGCAUUUGUUAAUCAAAAUGUAUCUCUUCGCUUGGAAAAUCUUGAAUGCAGUGGAUUACGUUGUGCUUCAAAUGCAAAGGAAUUGGCUAAUGAGUUUGGAUAAAGAAAACCUUAUAAAAGUUUUACGACUAAGUUAAACCUUUCAACUCUUAAUUUAAACAUCUGCUGAUGCCCAAACAUACCUGAUGAAAUCGAUAUAUUUAUGUUCGAAUGUCCUAAACGUUAGUGAGGGGGGAGUUGCUGACAAAGGUCUCGACUGAAAUAUUUUCCGACAAAAAGCGUUUAGCUCGUACAACACAUUUGUCAUAUCAUGAAUUUUGCUUAUUACUAGUUUGCAUACUUGGCUUGCCUUAAAAGUUACAGAAACGUUUUAAUACUCCUAUUUUAGGCUAAUCUUUUGCCAGCUAGACUAUAUCAGCACAACGCCUUGAAAUUCGGUAGCAUCUCUGCAAAUUUCUGGGUAAAUGAAACAGCGUUGACUUUCAAAACCUCACUAAAAACUCAACUGAGCAAAUCCAGCGGGGAGUGCAAGAGAUAAAAAUGUAUCUUGCUUGCCGUCCUUAAUUAUAUCGAUGUCAUUUAAGCAUCGACAUGUAUGUCAAAUUCGUUGCUUUUUGAAUCCAUGAAACAAAGCGAAAGGGAAACAAAAAAAUUUAAUCCCAACUUUUGUAGGUUUAUAGUAAGCUGCAUUUAAUCCACAGUUCGGCUCGUUGAAGUAGUUAUAACAUCAUAUAGUGAAGACAAUGAAUGUCUAUAGUUUUCGUACUGAAAGUUAACUGAGGCCCCAAAACUUUCUCUCUGUCUAGUGCUUUUCUUGUUCUGUUUGGACAUUACUAUGGCAACACAAAGUACCUGACCUGUUAACCUAUGGGAACAUUCAACUGAGGGAAUUCGUAUCCACUAAACGUUCCUGGCAAUAAAUCAAUUUAAACGAGUAAACUGCCUUGUCGAAACAAUUUUUAUUGUAUCGAGUUCUUCGUUCUUUUUCACAAAAGCGAGCCACUUUGAUACUCAUGUUUGGCUGAUUCAAUGGGAUAUUGCCAUAGCAACGCACAUUUAAAGAUAGGACUGCCACCUGUAACUGAUGAACCGUUCGUGUUUUGUUAUUUAAAAAAACAGCUUUUGUUAUUGCGUCACAAGAAAUACAUGUUACUGGCAGUAGACGUUCUACACUAUGAAAAAGCAAGCAUCAAGUUUUCUAAAAAACGGAGACAAUAAUUAAGGGACUUAUCAAAGUCUGCUUUACAUUUGUUAGAGCUGCGCAAAAUUCCCCUUACUUGAUCUUAUUUUAUUAUUUGCAAUAUAUAUAUUUUUUAAUCUUUUCUUUCAUCGUCCUUAUUUCGAGAAACACCUCGAUUUUUGUAGCCUGUUAUAUAGGCUCCGAGAUAGUAGUGCAGCGGGAGAAGGGACAGAGAGGAUCAUAUUUUUUUCCCGCCGCUAUCCCCUUUCCUUGAUCGCGUGCGUCUUAUUUUAAAUAGGUUUCCUUCUUUUAUGUUACCGAUGUCCCUACUUUGAGAUCCUACGCAGUAUACCCGGAAUUUCAACAUGGAUGAUUGAAAACAAGCCUAAAAUUUCGAAUUUAUUAGGUUUGCACAAAAUCUAGUUAUUAGCAGAUUUCUUGAUGAGUUAGUACACAACUUACAAUUUGUUACCCCCACUUUUUAAAACAACUUAACCAAAUUUUAACAGUAUUUAAUUUUUUUAACAAAUUAAGACAAAAAGUAAGCAUGUUCAACAGUUAAGCACUCGUUGAAAGCACGCUACAUGUAUAUAUCAAAGGCGACAAAAGCAGAUAAUUUUCGUACCAGUCUUUGUUCACUUAUUGGCUGCAUAUCUCCUCCUGAUAAAAAUGUUAACAUUCGCAUAAAAGUGAUAAAGUACUUCUAAAGAAACUGUGUUCAGCCUCCUUAAAGGCCAACUGAAAGUCGGGAGGAAAGAAUUGUGCCAGAAAAAAACGUUUUAUUUCUUAGAAUGCAAGAAAAUGCAAUUUAAUUGGACGAAGAAAUUUACAAAGUAUAAGGAAUAUAAGAUGGAGUUUCAUUAGAAUUCAUAGAAAAACGCAGAAAAAAUGCAUUUAAAAGAUAUCCUGACCAGCUACGACAGAGGCCAAGCAGUGGCUCUUUAUGCCAUCGUCAGGCCACUCGCCGAUAUAUAUCUGCAGCCUGUUCAUCCUACAUCCUGGGCUGCGUCAAAAGAAUGCAUUGACCAGAAGCAACUAGCUGAGAAUACAACAGGCUGUGAACCCACUCACUGGGGCAAUUAAUGCAGGCAUUAGAUAUAGCUUCUGUUCUCGUUCAGCAAAACCAGCCGGAGGCCUGAAAUAAUUUGAUGACCAAGCGAGUUAAAUUCAUUUAAUUACACAAGCUUAUUGCAUGCUAACCGAAGGGAAUUUUAGUUUGUAACUGCGCUAAAAUGAAAUUCAAAUUUCAAAUCAUCUGCGAUUAUUUUAGGUGCCGAGAAAGGAGAAUCCUGAUGAAUUUUUGAACGUGUUCACCGCUAAGAUGUUUUAUUUAUUUAUUUAUUUAUUUAUUUUUUCAUUCAGUCAUUCCGUUCGCUUAGACACAGAUAUGACUAAUGACAGCAGUUUGAUAGCCUGAAAAGUGGAAGUGCCUUGUGUUUUCUCAUUUGUAGUAACAAAAUAAAGUCCGGAAGAUUCAUCGAUAUUUUGGGGGCGUUUUUACUAAAUAAGACAAUUAUUCAACUCGCACUUGUUCCAUGGAGAUGAUUAUAGCCAACCAAUACCCAACAACCCGCAAGUGGAAUAAUUGUGUUACUUAAUGCUACAUGUAAAUAAAACUUGGGGCUCAAGUUGGUCGACGAAAGUCAAUAGCUGAAUUUGCCUUAAAUCCAGCAUACGUCUAAUAUCGAUAAAUGAUAUGCGUCACGCUUAUUACUGGAUAUUUUGACUUUGUAAUGAAAUGGUCUUUACUUACAGCAGUAUCCUUUCCUUUGUGUAGUCUCCUUGUGACAGUUCGCCCUGUAAGAACAAUGCAAAAUGCAUUUCUUUGUACCAGGAAAAUGGAUAUAAGUGUAUCUGCGUGAAAGGAUUCACAGGAAAAGACUGCGAAACGAGUAAGAAAUACUGAGUUGAAACAAUGUCGCCACUAACUAUAAUACAAUCACAGGUGAUACACUAUUAACGCACUUUGCAAGUGGGUAUUAUCUUUAUUUAUUUAUUGACGUUUACUUCUCUGAGCUCACUACAAUAAGAAGUUCUAACUGAGAAGACUUAAAAACUACCUUGAAAGAAAAGUCGACCAAUAAGUUUCACGCUGAACUUUUACUUUUCCUUGACGUUACCCGACCACAAAUUUCAAUUUUCCUGCUUGAUGGAUGAAGUUACUUAUUUAUAGACAGGUUUCUUCAACAACCUCUAGAACAAGGUUUACAUUUACAAGUUGUGUUUUGACUCUUGUUAAAGUCUAAUGUAUACCUUGGCUGAAAGGUACAUAUCAUUUUUUUUUGUUAAUAUCUUUGAUUCUCUCUCCUGCAGAUAUAAAUGAUUGUGUCAAUUUUACUUGUUUGAACAACGGAACUUGCAUCGACCUAAUCAAUGGCUUCAACUGCAGUUGCCCUCAAGGAUUUGCCGGCAACCGAUGCGAAAUUGGUUAGAUACUUGUUGAUGCUAUUGGCUUUACAUUUCCGCUAAAAGGCAACAUGAAACACCGUCCAACAUUAGGCUGAUGUUGGACGCUGUUGAAUGCUGAUGGCUGAUAAAUAUGGAUCAAUUUUAAAUCCUACAUGGAUCCUACAGCAUCCGACAAUCUUAAUGAUGUUAUACCUGCAACAUACGUCUUUAUUGCGCGGCUCUAGGGUCCACUGGAUAGAUGUUUUGCAAUUUUAUUGACCUCGAAUUCCUCUCGGUCCAAGAAAAACUUGGCCAAUAAUAACGCAUUUAUCUUGGCCUAACAAGUUUGGUCAUUAACGCAUACAUAUUUAUUUGUCACUCAAUUUUUGAUUAUAUUUCCUUUAGAUAUAAACGAAUGUGAGAGUAGUCCUUGUUUAAACAACGGAACAUGCACUGACCGAGGCAACGGAUUCAGCUGCAGUUGUCUACCAGGAUUUUCGGGCAAUCGAUGUGAAAUUGGUUAGCUGCGUUUAGCUAUUAUUUUUAUUGUUUAUCGUCGUGAAAAUCUAUGCACUAAGUGACGGUGUUGGUGUCACAUGUUCAAUUAUUGUUGUUUUUUGAAGAAGAGAUUUAUUUGCAUUUAUAACUUUCUUUCGCAACUUUCAGUUCGUUGAAGUCUAUGCAGUAAAGAUUACCCUCCGUAAAAGUUGGUUUUGGUUUCUUUUUUCGUUUGCAAUUUAUCUGUGAUUAUUGUUUCCUUCAGAUAUAAACGAGUGUGAGAGCAGACCCUGUUUAAACAACGGAACUUGCACUGACCGAAUCAAUGCAUUCAACUGUAGUUGCCCACCUGGAUUUUCUGGCAAUCGAUGUGAAAUUGGUUAGUAUAGUGUUAAGCUAAUUAUCCUAUAAUGGCCUCGUAAGGUUAAGACGUCCUCAAAUGUCAACGCCUAUCCCCCACUUCAAAAACUUCAAAGGAAACUGGGUACAACCUUUGGGAUCAGUGAUUUUGGAUCGUUUUGGUGGACAAGAGUUAAUUAUGAUUGAUCGAUGGUAUUUAAGGCAAUCAUUAACCAAUCAUAAACAACGCUUGUCAACCAAACGAUCUGAGAUCAAAUGGUACAAAAAAGCCAGUUAAAUAAACUGCCACCAACCCCCCUCCCCCCUCCUUCCAACUUGUUUUUUCCAAAAAAGGCAAGGGGCCGUUCAACUGACCGUUUCAAAUGUACUUCAUGUAAGAAAGCAUCCGGCGUUGGCCCCUUUGUAUUUUGGAAUCGAUCUUGUCUCUGGCAAUAGACCUUAUUCACGAUACGCGCCAUCUUUGCACGCGUUAAAGGACGUUGACUGACGGCAUAAUAGCAAUGUCACGUGGUUUCUGAGGGUGGGGGGGGCACAAGUGAUAAAAUCUGCCAAUGCACAAACUCGCGGUCGAGUUUGUGAGUUCUAGACAUCAGACAAAUAAGAACUUUUUAUCUGAAAGAUGAAAAUAGCAAGUUAGGGCCUGUGCAAUAAUUAUCAGGACGGGGGAAUGAAAAACUAGAGUUAUCUAGCAAACACUUAGACAGUACCCCCCUCAAAAACAAAAAAAUUAGUUCUAACCCCCCUCUGUUAUGUUAAAAAAUAACGUCGCACCCCCCUCCCCCCCUCCCACCACACUGGUAAACUUAGAACUGGACUGAGCUGCCAUCACACCUUCAAUAAUGACAAACGUUUUUACGUAACAUCUAGUAUCGAGUAGGAUGUUGAUCGCUUGAUCGAAGAUUUAGACAAAGCAUUUGCUAAGUACCGGGGUGCUUACCACAUUGGCUCAAAAUCUAAAACUUCUGAAGUCAGAAAGAGAAAGGAGCAGAGAAAAAAAAAUCAAAGAAGAGGAGAUUGAACGCUUCAAAUAACAGACGAAAAAGAGCUUGCAUUAUAUUUAGAUCCUUGGGAGGAGAGCCUGUUGAACUUUGGUAUGAGCCAGAUAUAUAUAUGGAAUUCAGCAAAUGGAUUCAGUAUCGGUAAACAGCUGUUCGUAUUGAUAUUUGUUACAGUCUCUCAUGAUGCCUGUAUUGAGAAUCUUUCAUUGCGUUUAAUUUUAUUUACAUUUCGAAUAAAACCUAAGCCCCCCUCCGUUAACUGAGUGAUUCUACUUUGAGCCCCCCCUAUCUUGGCAGCAAUUUUAUGUAAUGCUCCCCCCUCUAGUUUUUCAGCCUCCUCUCCUGAUAAUUAUUGCACAGUCCCUUAUGGGUCCCUUCAUUUCUCAGUUAUUUCAAAAUCCUGGGUAUUAUCCGAGCCCCAAGAAGUGAGCCCGCGCCCUCUUGCUUUGCAGUCAAGCGCUGUACCCGACUGAGCUAAUCCUGCCGCGGUAUUAAGACGUUCAAAUUAUAUUUUUCCAGGAUACAUAACCAGGGGGAAAUUAGUUCUUGCUUUCUCUUUCUUCUUUAGGUUUCAUUUCGUCACUAGCAAAACAGUUCGGCCUUGAGCCUGCGAUUGGAAAUAACAGCAGCUGGGCUCUUUGUUGGCAGGCCUCCACUCAUGGCUGGGCAGGCAGUACCUUCCACAGCAGAUGCAACGGGAAAAAUCACACGAUCACAAUCAUUAAAAAAGACCAGUACGUGUUUGGAGGAUACACUGAUGUUCCCUGGGGUAAGGGUUUUUUUUUGGUGGGGGAGCGGCGGGGGUGCGGCGCUAUUUUUGUUGUUAUUGAUAAUAAACAGAAGAUUGACCGAAACCAGAACCUACAGUGCGUGUAUACCAUUAUUUUACAGCGGUAUUAAGUCUUUACUUCAAUUAAACAUUGCCAACCUUGAUGCAACGCGGUCAUUUGUUUUUGUUUGAAAUCGCGCUUUUGUAAAUGGCGCGCUCUGAUUGGUCAACACUUUUGCCAGGCUUUCUUGCAAAAGACAAAAUAGUAUACAACUAUCCCCCGAAAGAGAGGUGAAUAGUUGCUGUAUUUACCGAGACGCGUAGCGUCGAGGUAUAUAUCUGCCCCUUUGAAUCGACCCUGAGGGGGAUAGUUGUCUUAGUAUUUACCAAAUCAGUUGGAUAAAAAUUAAAAAGGAACUUUUUGUAAGUAAAAGACAUCACUUAGUUAGAGUUUGUUUACGUUCCAAUUGACAGUGUUUCGGUGAUCAUUUUUUACGAUUUUGUUGCAAAUUCAAUAAGAAAUUUUUUUUUCUGUCGACCAGUAACACCAAAUUUUGUCUCUUUCUUAGUAUUUGUUGGUGCAGCUGCUUCAUUUACCGCUAAAAUUUCGUCUUUCGAAACUGUAGCGAAACGAGAAGCCAUUUUGAAUCUCGUCCCAAAACAGUGAAUUAUCCAAGGAUAUUCCGAGUUACGGGAGCCAAUCAGAACGCGCCAAAAUUGCUAUACCCUGAUUUGGUGAAUACUAAUCAGAGCUAGUCAGCUAUGGUCGCGUCGGCUUUUUGUGUUUCCUCAUCUGACAGAUGGUUGCACAGUUCGCCUGCAAAGUCAGUAAAUACGUAUUAUUUCUCAUGGAAGUGAAUAAGUCCAUUAACAUUUCAGGUUUAACUGAAAGAAACUUGUACGUCUUCGUGAGAUGAAGAGGUACUGAUUCAGUGUGACAAAAUGUACACGUGCAUUCAAGUUUUUAACAUGUAAGCCACGGCGAGGAUGCAAGGAACCGUUUUUAAUUUUCAGAUUUUUACCGUGGCAAUAGCGUUUAAUCGUUUUCCCGGAAAUGGUGAAGGACGAUGAUGGUAUUUUGAACAGGAGAGGUUUAUUGAGUGUAUGCCCACUACUACCAAAAGCGUUAGUUUGAUAUUUGCAAAGGUCAAAACAUAACUUGUUCGGGAAAUUUGUUGAAUAUCAUACCUUAGAUUGUAACUUGUAACGAUUAUCGAAUUUUAUGACAGCAGAGAAGGCUAUUUAGCAGAAAAUGUACCGUGACAGUUCAUAAGAUGAUGGCAAACAACGUUUAGAAGACGAGAGUGUCUAAUUGUCGCGGGUCUUGGGUCGGGAGUAAAAUGUCGCGGGUCCAGAAAAUUGUUGCGGGUUCAAAAAUAAACAGAUCUUUAAUUGUUUUAACUGGAUUACAAAUUUUAAAAUUAUUGUAACUGAUAACAAUUCAAAUUGUGAUUGCUUAAAUUUUAACGGUGUUCAUUCCUAUCUUUUGUAGAAUAAUUACAUAGGUCAGCUCAAGAGGUCAACAGAAUUACAAAAUGGGAAACCAUUAUCUUUGAAAGCUGCCAUUGUGUCAUUAGAUGAGCUGUCAGCUCUGAUUCUAUCUGGUGGUUUUAAAUUGGUCCAAUGUGCUAAAUUAUUUAUGCGUUGUUUUUGGGGAAAAAAUGAAACAUCGUUUCUGUGACGAAAUUCUGUUCAUAAGGGACAUAACGCCCUUUAACGCUGACAGUUCAUCUUCAUUUUGUACUUUUCUACAAGUCCAGCAUCUUGGUCCUUGUCCUCUUGUCAUAGUGUAAAAAAGGGGAUCGGUAUAGGCAACACACGACGGGCACGCGACUUUAACCUCGUGCCAAAAUGCUGCUUGUUCCAAUGAAUCUUUUCUUUGGCGGGUAGAUUAUGCUUUGGAGGAAAAAGGUUUUCACUCUACUUUAAAACUCACAGCUGAGAUGUCAGAAAGAGAGAUCACUUUCUAGGACACAAAAGUGAAAAAAGGGGUUGGAUUCAACAAGAAAUCAAUCUUAGACGUGUCACCCACCAGGCGUGAAGAAAGGCUUCAUUAAAGGAGAAGCGCUCAGUUCUAAUUCCUCUCAAACCACAUUUGAGGGAAAUAUCCAAAAUUUCCAAAAUCACCUGACAGAAAGAAGCUAACCUGCCGCUAUUGUGAGAAAGUACCUAUCUGGGGUUAAAUUCUUCGACAGGAAAACAGCCCUUCAACAGGGAAACAAAUCCCCGGCUUUACCGCGCCUAAAAGAAAAUACUAAUGAGAAAAUAGCACUUUCUACAAAACCAGCAACGGCUAAGAGAGAUCUUUAAGGAGCUUCCCCUCAUAUCAUAUCCCAAGGGAAAAUUCCUUAAGGACCUACUAGUUAAAGCGAAGUUCUGAAGCGGAGGGUGUAAAUUGCAGGUUCCCAGGUUGCAGAUCGCAAUUUGAAGUACGCGCGAACGGCGAACGGUCAACGCUAAACUGAUUUUGAAAAAAAAAAAAAACACGUUUUCGGUCUAACGUCUAACGUCUUUACAGCGUCACGCAAAACAGGAAUUGUCUUUAGUCCCAGAAAGUUGUUUGUUUGGAGUUAGAUUUUGCAGCCGGAGCCCUAUAGAUCAAAAUUUCUUAGCUUCACACUUUUAAAAAUAACAACAAAUGGUAAAAAAAAAAAAAAUCGGGAAUUCCAAAAGAGUACACUUUCAAAGGAACAAAAUAAAAAGAACGCGCGUAGAAAGAGUAACGCACACAUUGAGGGCCGGUCGGAUGUAAUUCGUCGCAAUAUCGGCAGUAACAUCAAUUUUUUGCUUUCUUUUUGUUUUUGAACACUUGACCGCUGUUUAAAAUCUAAACUAAGGCUCUCCAUGCAUGUGCUCGACCACGGCGUGAAUUCCAACGAGAAGCGAAUCUGAUUAUCCUAGCAUACCUUGCACAGCAUCCGAAUUUAAACUGAAUUAGAUGUCUGUCAUCGUUUGAAUAUUGUUCGCUUUAAAAUCAGGCCGUUCUUGUGCCUUCACUGAACCAUUUAAUCAUCAGUUUAUCAUUGACCGUUCGCGCGUACUUCAAAUUCUGACCUGCAACUUGCAAAUUACACCCUUCGGCUCUGAAUGGCAUAUAACUUUCAAUACAGUAAAAACCCGCGACUAAGAACCUACUUUUUCCCAGGUUAGCCUAAAUAGGUUCUUACAUAAAUGGUAAUAAGGACAAAUUUAGGCUAUUUGGGUUCUUAAAUAGGGUCUUAUUUUCUGAAGGAAAAAUAAAUUGUAGCUAAGAGCAUUUGGUGGUGUUCAGCUUAUUCUUUGCAUAAAAUCUGCAUGCCAAUACAUUCCAGUUAGGGUGAUAAGUCACUUAUGUCUCCAAAGGGGAUCCUGAAUGUUGACUUAUCCUAUUUGUCCAAGUGUACAAAAAAUGUUUUAAAAAAAAUUAAAAAUAAGAACCUGUUUUUAAAUUUUAGGCUAAACAGGUUAUCGUAUAGAGGGGGCCUCACUGGCAAAUUUUAGCCUAACAGGUUCUUAAAAACCAGGUUCUUAGUGACGGGUUUUUACUGUACAACUAAGUGCACGAGUCGUGUGUUGCCCAUCGCCUCUAUUUUUAACCAUGUGCCAGGGAUCACGGUCACAAGUUUCUGCUAGGUUUUCGUUCACGUUUCCGUUCACGUAACGUGAUUGUAUUCGGUAGAAGUUCUCCCAAAAGCUUGUUUUGAAAAAAAGAAAAAAAAAACAAAACAAAACAAAACAAAAAACAAAAACAAAAAGUGGGUUGUUUCAGAGCUUUUAGAAAGAACAGUUUGAAAAUGUUUAGCUUCCACAAGAAAAUUCCAGGGUCAUAAAUUGUUUUGAAAACCAGACAAUUAAACAAAGAAAAAUGAAAACAUUUUCCUAUACCCGCGAAAAUUUUCUGGACCCUCGAUCGACAUUUUACCAGCGACAAUUUACCCGCCACCCGCGCCGUUUAGAUUCUCUCGUUCGGAGGAUACACCGAUAUUCCUUGGAGUAAGUGCCUUUUUUGGUAGACUACUUGCCAUUCUUCCUUUCUGCUUAACAUCAGCCGGUAUCUUGGGAGCGAGCUGUCAUUUGCAAGCAAUGAAGUUAUUGGACAAAAACGGCUCGGUAUUAGAUGAGUUCUUUUCUCCGCAGCUCGAGUGUAUCUGUUAAGCUACCUUUGAAAACAAAAGGCAGGAAAAUACUCGCAGUCUAGAUAGUUUUCUUUGGAUAACCUCUUUACACUCUGCCUACCCUGCGAGCAAAGGCUACAUUUUCGCAGUGUGAGCUGGCGUGCAAAAAGUUACUACUUUUCGCACGCCAGCUCAUACAGCGAAAAUGUAGCCUCUGCUCGCAGGGUAGACUCUGCUCUAAGCGAUGGGUAAGAAUAUUAAUUUUGUCAGUUUAAAAUUUGGUACUCAAGUUUUUACUGACCCAGGUCUACUAAAGAUCCGGCGGACCCUCACUGGUUUGUCAUUGUGGUUUUGCCUUCAAAAGUGUUUUUGUCAGUAGACCUCUUUAGCUUGUAUAUAUGUUUUCUCUUUCCAAUGCAGGUCCUUUAAUAAUACCCCCAGAAAACUGCUUCCGUCAAGUUUUGUCUUAUUAAUGUCCAUAUGAACGAGAAGACACAGUAUCAAAUUCCCCUGGGACCUUCAAUGGGAAAACAUUUACGUACCUGUACACAGCAAUAGCGUUUUCUUAUAAGUAUACUGUUUAGCCAUUAUAUAGCGAAUAGCCUGCGAAAACAUCCGUUUCUCCUCGCUCUUCGUCGCUGUGGACGUUUCGCGCAGAGGAACGUCUGCGACUCAGCGACAGAAAUUCCAUACUGAUGACGUAAAAUCUGUCCAGAAUCCGGUCAGAAGCGCUGAUUGGUCGACGGAGCAGUUACAUUGUUUUAGCUAUUGUUUACAAAUGACAGACAAAAGACAAAAGGCCAAAAAGGUCAAAUGUAAACACGAAGAAUCUCUAACAAAACAGUCAAUAUUUGUGCAAUAUAGUCUUCUCUAGAAGGAGCAUUUGAGUUUUGCUGGAGCUCGUGGGCAGAUCAACACAACACUUUACCAAAAUCGACCAGAAGACACGCAAAAUUAGACAAAUUUAUUUUUGGAACCCCAUGACUACCGGAUUUAUUAUGUAAACAUUGAUUUGCGCCAUCAGUAUGGAAUUUCUGUCACUGAGUCGCAGACGUUCCUCCGCGCGAAACGUCCUCAGCGACGAAGAGCGAGGAGAAACGGAUGUUUUCGCAGGCUAUAUAACGAAGGAAAGACUAGUAAGCCCAUAGCUAUAUCACCUGACUCCCGUUUAAAAACUGUCUUCUGUCGACCAGGGAAUAACCAGCUAAGCGAGUGAGGUGUUUGGCACAGCUGUAAGAAACACAGCUUGUAUUUCUAACAAUGGGCCGUAAACAGAAGCUCCUGCCGUAAAGAAAUCCUUUUUUUGUUGAUCUUGAACAGUCCCAAAAUAUUUUAGGGGGGGGCGGGGGGGCUGCUAUGUUAAGCAUACCAAGCGAACCCAUCCACCCGCCUCCUUUUAGGCGUGGUUCAAGAUUUUAACGAUUAUUCCACUCUUUGCAUUUUUCUUUAUGAAUUUUUAAUGCAUCAUCGGUUAUUAGUUAACAACACCCCUUUAGAAACAAGAAGGAAUUUGGAUCGAAUUAACUUUUGCAAAGUCUUCUGGGACUGUUACUAGGGACAGGACACGCCCCAGUAACCGUCCCAGAAACAAUUGCGGGAAACAUUUCGGCUCCAGUUCCCUUCUCGUUUCUAAACUGGAGAAAUUAAGUUUGCUAACAAAAACCUUUCAUGGGGGGUUUACAUCGUCCACGUUUAACUAUUCCAUUCGCGGGGCUUAUAAAUCCAGAGAUAGUCGGUGGUAAUUAACAACACCCGGAAAAACUGUUUGAAUGCAGAGGUCCACGAAACGCUUAAAUAUGACUGACUGGCUCCUCUUGCCGGAUGUCAAAUUAAAGAGAUGCUGUAGCCAGAGGUCACUUAAAGUGUGAAAUAAAACAAAACUGAAUGCAGGGCUGGCACUACGGCAAAGGGCUGGCUGUUUCUAUUUCUAUUCUUAUUGUAUAAUCAUUUACCUGUAUAUUAUUAUAUCUAGUAUUAACAAUUGUAGUUAAUUAUUAACCACUUAUGUGAAUUUUAAUUCAAAUUUUAGGAGCCGUUAAAAGAUAUUUUCUCUCGGUAUAGCUCUGGCCUUGAGGAAGGCUUAUUUUGUAAGCCGAAAUAUUAGCCUUUGCCGAAGUGCCAGCCCUGCAUUCAGUUUUGUUUUAUUUAGCAACACACGGGUUUCGGAUCAUGUUUACCCGCAAAGUCAUCAAACAAUAGGACGUCAAACGCACAGCUUAACCGUAGAUAGAAUAAUAUAGGAGGUGGUUCUAGGGGUAAAUCCGGAGGGAGGGAGAGGGGCGGGGGUAAUCCCUCUUAGUAUAUACUAAAACAGCGGAUAGUGUUUUUCGCGCGCUCUGAUUGGCUACUCAAUCAGUGAAUGAUCCAGUGCUAUUCACUGAUUCACCUCCAGUUCCUCCGAGCGAGCGACGCCAAACUCACGUAAGUUACGAGCAAAAUCGCUUCCCGGUUUGCAGCUGUUUGCUGCCGUAACAAACAAAGAAAUUUCACAAAUAAUCAAACAAGCUGUGCCCAAAAUACACGAAGAAGGUAACGAAAUUCGGUUUGGGAGUCUUAACAGGUAAAGCUUUCUCUGUUUGACUUUAAUUUGUCGAUGAAACCGGUAAAAAAGUUUUUUGUUUACAAAUGCAAAUCAAGCUUAAGUCUUGCAUUACUUUACUUAGCUUAUUUAAUACUUUUUUUUACAGAAUGGUUUUUAAUACAAAGAGAACUAACAACUCCUUUUUCAAGAAAUGUCCCCGAAAUAGCUAAAAAAAUGACUUUAAAAGUUUUAUUUGUUAAAUGUCUGCUGGUUGAAAGUCGAAAUUAUAAUUCAAGUUUUUCUUUCUUAUUUAUUAUUGUUUUCUAGUGUCUGGGUGGUCUUACAGUGCCACUACCAAGUCGUUUAUUUUCUCUCUGGUGGACAAGGAAGGACUUGCACCAUUUAAGAGCAUGGUAAAACAUGCCAGUUCACCAUAUGCAAUUUACAAUGGGUUAACGUACGGUCCAACAUUUGGUGGGCAUGACUUAUACAUUGCUGAUAAUGCCAGUCGGAAUACUUAUUCCAGCACUUCAAGUUUUGGCCACUCUUACUCUCUUCCAAAUGGAGUUACCCACAGUUCUACAAUCCUGGCUGGGUCCACUAACUUUUCACCUGACGAGGUUGAGGUAUUUUAUCUCGCUUGA